GGCGACUGGACAGCAGCUACGGGGCGGCCCCAACGCCACCACGAUUGGCUGCCGGCUCCGCCAGUCAUGGGCUGAUGACGCCCUGGGGCUGGCUCCGCCCCUCCCGCCGCGCGGCCCCGCCUCCCCUCCAGAGCCUGGUCCGCUCAGCCCGGCGUUCCGCCUCAUUCGUUGAGUAGGUCCGUGAAUUGUCAGCGCGCUCCGGGCGACUGUGUAGCCGCGGCAGCCGCCAGGCUUGCCGUACUCCCGCUGAGGUGGCCGCCGGAACCAAUGUGCCCUGGUCCACUGGGCGGUGAGCAGCCACCGAGUGGGGGGCAACUUGGCACUUAGAACCCGCAGGAGGGACGUCGGUUUGCGAUCGGGACUAGGCGAGGAGGAUGGAAAUCCUGUAUGAAUGUGGAAGCCAUUAGCAGAGUAAUUGCUGUCUGUUACCAUGACAACCAGCCGCUGCAGUCACCUGCCCGAAGUCCUGCCAGACUGCACCAGCUCAGCUGCGCCCGUGGUGAAGACGGUGGAGGAUUGUGGCAGCCUAGUGAAUGGGCAGCCGCAGUAUGUCAUGCAAGUUUCAGCCAAGGACGGGCAGCUGCUGUCAACAGUAGUGCGGACUCUUGCCACCCAGAGCCCCUUCAAUGACCGGCCGAUGUGCAGGAUCUGCCAUGAGGGCAGCAGCCAAGAGGACUUGCUCUCUCCAUGUGAAUGUACAGGGACCUUGGGGACAAUUCAUCGGAGCUGCCUGGAGCACUGGCUGUCAUCCUCAAACACCAGCUACUGUGAACUCUGCCACUUCAGGUUUGCAGUCGAGCGCAAACCCAGGCCGUUAGUGGAGUGGCUGAGAAAUCCUGGCCCCCAGCAUGAGAAGCGGACUCUGUUUGGCGACAUGGUGUGCUUCUUGUUUAUAACUCCCCUGGCCACCAUCUCGGGCUGGCUGUGCCUGCGGGGCGCCGUGGACCACCUGCACUUUAGUAGUCGGCUAGAAGCCGUCGGGCUGAUUGCACUCACUGUCGCACUCUUCACUAUUUACCUCUUUUGGACACUAGUGUCAUUUAGGUACCACUGUCGAUUGUACAAUGAGUGGCGUCGGACCAAUCAGAGGGUGAUUCUCCUCAUUCCAAAGUCUGUCAAUGUACCUUCUAACCAGCAGUCCUUGCUGGGCCUCCAUUCGGUCAAGAGGAACUCGAAGGAGACAGUUGUUUGACGUUUGUGUGGUUGGUUGGUUGAUUCAUUUUUUGGGGUUUGGAAGUGUCUGCACUGGGGUCAUGCACUGAGCCACCCCCAAGCCCUUCCUUAAGCCUGUGGGUCUAAGAACAUCCAGAGCGCGUUAGCACAUUACCCCGAGCAACGACCUCCGCCAGAAGAAAGCAAAUGCUGUUUUACUUCAAAUCAUGGAUGCUGCAAUCAUAUGAUAUUUGCUAAGCUGCCAAACAUGUUUAUUUAGCAGAUACUGUAUGGAAUUUUCUGAACACCUCUUUAACGUAUGAGGAAGGUUGUCCUGCUACGGAUGCAAUUCAAUUCUUCCUUUUUUAUUACUAUUUCAAACAUAUAUAUAUAUAUAUAUUAAACUUAGAUGAUAAUCAAAAUCAAAAAGCCAACAUAAAAACUGGUUUCUUGGUUUGGUUGGGUCUUAUUUGAGUUAGUUUAUUUGUUUCUCAGUUUCUCUUAUGGAUUCUUUGGAGUACUUUGGUAGCCUGAGUGGUCUUUUUCAUCUUUUUCUGUCCGUUACUCAAGGAGACAGCAUAACAGAUGCAGAACAAGUCAUAUUUGAAGAAUGUUUUGUACUAAACUUCAUUUAAUUAUUCAGUUUUUAAAGGGAAAAAGGGCGUGGCAACUCUCCACAUAGUGAGCUGUUUAUUUAAAUAUCAUUAAGGAGAAAAAAAAUAUGGUGAGACGCUCGCUCCUUUCAACUUGUUUGGUACUGACAGCUGAUAGAAGCUAUUUUCUAAUAAUAAAUAAUCCAGUGUGUGAAAGACAAAACCCACUGAUUGCAAUACUCUUUUUUAAAUCGUAAAACCUGUGAAGUUUCUCAAAGCAGGUUUUAAAAGGAAAAGCAAAAAGGUUGGUGUUCUCACUCCCAUCUCGUCUAGUGCAUGUCUUAAUUCUGCAUUCAUAAUGAAUUGGAGGAUCAUUAGACAUUUCUAGGAACCCUAGACCUGUUUUGCAUAUCAAUUAGCAUUCCCAUUGCUCUAUUGAAUUUCUAGCUUGACAGGUAGAUGUGGCAAAAAAAAAAAAGCCUGUCCUAGAAGCCCUGCACUUAAUUCUAAGACCCCUUUGUCUGAUUUUUUUAAAAAGAGCCCCACACAGUGCCUUCCCCCAACCAUGAGCCAAUUCUGUCACAGUCCGAAAUAGACUUUUUCUAAGGGUUUCGUGUCCCUCUUUUAUCCGUCGCAGGGUAAAGGGUCUGAUCCGCAGCCUGCAUUGUGCGCGCGCCGAGGCAGGAGCGGAUGUCUUCUGAGGAGAGCGCUGGCCGGGGUUGACUCUCAGGCUCCCGGCUGUCCGCCCGCCCACACACAGCGAGGAGGGGCGGAGCCCUGCUUCGGGAAUGCUUAAAAUAUGGAAUUCUAGAACAUGACCCACAUUCUGAGUAUCACUCCAGCAUCUGCCUUGUGCUCCCCAAGUGGGAAAACGAGAAGUGCAAAGGAACAGGCAGCGAAGAGGGUAGCGAUUUUUGUCUGCAAAUUGAUGGAGCUCAUGCAGGUGUCCCCUUUGUCGGGGAGCCCUCCAUUCACUGGCUGCCCCCAGCGCUGCCUGGGAGGGAAACAGCUGUACUGCUCUCCACCGCAAAACUCAGAUGUGUUUUAUGGCUUGUGACAAUAGAUUUCCUCCCCACCACGCUUCACUUGGACACUUCAAUUCCAGUAAUAUACGUCUCAGCCCUUCAGUUUACUCCGCCCUGCUCACCCCCUGGGCUGUCAUUAGCUGCACCACCACCAACAGUUUCUUAAUUGACCUUUUUAAAAUGCUGGACACCACCGACUGCACACAGCUGCCACACAUUAAAUUUCCAGAGCAAAGAGUCCAACUUGGUGGCUGGUGAAUUGCAGCCCUGUAAUAUACUUGAUAAAUGACGUCCACCCAGCCUUAGUCCCUGAACUGUCAGGUGAACGAACCGUGACGCCUCUCAACUGAAUGCCACAACAUUCAUGAGAGGACCAUCUCCCUUCUCCUCCCUGCUUCUUCCAUGAAUUAAGGAAGCAGAUUUCCAGGAUGAUUUCCUGUCAAGGUUGGUUGCAGAGAAUUCCUGCCAUCUUGGUUCAUGAGAUGAGACAUGACACCAUCAAAGGCAGCCACGUCCCAGGCAGUUCAAUGGGGAUCGUGUGUUAGGAAGGGUUUGCACAUUAAUACUGUGCCUGUGCCACACCUCUUUCCUUCAUGUUUGCAUCCCUGCCCGAUGAAGUAAAGCAGAGUCCAAGAUGCAAGGAGUAGAUUGCAUGUGGGAUGGUGGCAGGACACCCCGGGCAGCCAGGCAGAGCAUCAAUGCCUCCCUUCCCAGGUCACCAGCUUGGGACUUCCUUGUGAGAGGCUCUGAUCUCCAUCAGCAUCAGGGCCCAUAGGGGAUUCUGAACUCUUGGAGGAUAUUUCAUCCCCCCCAAGCCACGCUCCCUGGAAAGGGCUACACCUCCUGCAGGAGAAGGGGUGCCUUUUGUUCAUGGGUACAGAGGCACGGUGCAGCUUACCAGCACCCUUGCUAGCCUAGACCUCUUCCUGUACUUCUUUUUGAAAGAUCAAGAAUGAGGAGGAAGAGAUGAGGAAUGGGGGUCCUUUACCUAAAGGACCCUGGUGGUUCAUUGCUUCUCUUCCACGGACUUUUUCAAAAACUCCCUCUCUUCCACACUCCUUGCUGUGAUUCUGUCCUAAUCAUUUUUCUUGAGAAUAUCAUGUAGAGAUAAAUGUGUGUCACAGUGAAGCCAGAAGGUGAAUUAACAACUAAGACAAAUCCAGCAUGCUCUUGCCUGCCCUGCAUGUGUGCUCAUUUGGGGAAGGACGGAGGACACAGGUCAUCGACACAAAUUCUACAGCUCCUCAGAGAACAGAGCAGAGACUCAGAUGAGCUGUCAAAUCCAUUAAGGAAAAAUAAAUGGCAUGAUUUGGAAGUUA